AUGAGUAGGAAACAAUCGAAAAAAAGUAGCAGAGAAGAGACCGAUGAAACAUUAGAGACCUCUUCUUCAUUUGAACCUUUCUUUGAGGCUGGACCAGAAAUUGGUUCCGUGGAUCCGUCAAGUUCCGCCACACCGAGCACUUCCUCUAUCUCAUUCAUAUCAGAUGAAUCAUCAAAUCCUAUUUCCACUGCUCCAAGUGGUUCAACUAUCUCAUCUGCACCGGAUGAAUCAUCAAAUAUAAGUGAAAAGGUCCUCGAAAAUUUAACGGUACCAGAGCUCUGGGCACAAUAUGUAAAAUGCUUAAUGAUGGCAGUACCAUCUAAUGUAGGACGAGUUGAUAUUGAACGAACUGCUGGAAUACAUGCGGAAAAAUAUUUGGAACAAAUUUUAAAGCUAUCACCAGUAGCAUCAACAGCAAGUGGAGAACCCUUACAGGUACCAUGUUUUAAUCCCUCAGAUCAGAGAGAAAUUAGUGAAGAUGAAAAAUAUAAAGUUGAAAUAUUGAAAGCAACUAAAGCAGAUAGCGAACUGAUAUGGAAUACUGCUGCACAGUUACAAGCAUUAAUUCUCAUUAGGAGAGGAAAAGGACCAGCAAUAGGAUUGGAUGAGCUUAGAAAAUUUAAUACUGCAAUGCAAGAAGCAGCAGAUAUCUAUCGUGAAGCUAUUGCUUCCAGUCAAGAAAGAUCAGUUAGCCGCGUUGGAAAUUUUCAGUAUCGCGUAAGUUACGCUGGUAGAACUGAAGCUUAUCAUGUAGAUGUAAUGCGAAAUUUAAUUUUGAAUCAAUUACCGCCAACAGUUCGCUUUUUUACGGAACAAACAAAAAGUGAAAAAUUGAAAAGUGUACUGCAUGGUUUGAAAAAAAAGCGUACACGUAAACACUGA